AUGAGUACGCUGUGGGAGGAUCCCCACCCCGGCGAAAAAUUGGAGAUUCCUUCUGGGGGUUCUGCUGGAUCAUACACUUGUUCGCAGAAUGUCGAUGGAGAUGUCACGGGUGGCGUGGCCGUGAAAGCGCGUGGCGCAUAUCAAAAUAAUGAAUCAUGUACGGUUGGGCGUGAUGUUCGGUGUCGUCGCCGCAGCACCAAGCCCAAACCGGUGAAGAUUCCUGCUAGAGUGGUUGAGGAGCCGGAUACGAAAGGUGGCCCGGUAGUUAUGCCUCAACCACGUGGGUUUGUAAAAAGACCACUACACCUUCUACGUUCCCCCGGGUCCUUCCAUAGUUUUAAUUAUGAAACGGAUACCGAGACAGAGGCCAGCGCCGAGACUGGAACUCCCGUUAGUGAUGCGGAAACAGAUCAAUCCGAAAUUACUAUCGGCCGGGCCAGCCUCAGCAACUUUUCGAAUUGCCUAGGCAUAUCGCAAGAAGAUGACGAUACGUCUCUUACUGUUGUCGAUUCCGACGCCUAUGCGCGAGCCAGCAAUGUCGACGACGCCUAUGGCUGGGAAGCGGAGCUUGAGCGCAAGAUGAAGUGCAGAGUCAGUACGGAUUCUGUGUGCUCUUACCGCCAUCACAACCAGCAAUACCGGAAUUCGGAUAGCGGUAUGCGAGGCCUCCUACAUCGCGUUUUUUCCGCAUCUGGGAGGAGAGUCAAUUCCGGAUUUUAG